ACUGAGGACUAUCUAUUGGCGCGCUUGAUCAAGAUUUAUAUGAGAAGUAGACAACGAUCUUGGCGACAAUUUAAAGAAUAUAUUCCAAAAAAAGGUUCAUCUAGCUUACGAGAGAAUGUCAAGACAAUGAAUUCAGAUUUAAAAAAUGAUGCAACAAAAGAGAAUAAGCUGAAAAUAAAGUCCAUUAUAUUUAAGAAAGAGAUGCUACCAGAAGAUCUUGACUUGGCACUUUGUCAGCUUAAAAUUUGGGCUCGAGAUAAUAAAGCUAAAAGUACAUUUGAGAAGGCAUUUACAUUGUCUGAUCUUAAGAUUCUUGUCCAAGCAUUUCAAAAUGAACCAGUAAAAAUGAAAGGAAAAAAAAAGUCUGUCCUCCUGGAUCUAUUGUUUAAUCAUUUGCAAAGUAGCUCAGAAUUUAAUGAAGAAACAAAAAAGAAAGGUGUCCAAGUCAAAUAUGACAAUUCCAAUGAACAAUAUAGCUUUG